GCGUGGACGUUGCACCAUUCUCUCCUUUCCCAACUGCCGACCAACGCACGCACGCACGCGCGGGCGCGCCAACGCCGACGCCGCCGCGCUGCUCUCCUCGCGAUGGACGCCGUCGCGUUCCCGCCGCCCCCCGCGCCUUUUGUCGGCGAAGACUUCGAUUUCGGCGACUUCACCUUCGCCUCCGCGCCCGCGCCCCAGCCGCCCCGCGCCGACCCUACACCGGCCGCCUUCGCGGCGUUCGACGACGACUGGGGCGACUUCGUGGCAAGCCCGCUCGGAUCCAACCCGGACGCGUCCGCGCCGCCCGCACCACCGACGGCCACGUCCACGGUUUCAUCCUCCUGGGAGAAGCCACGGGGCCCGCUCCCUCUCUCGCUGUUCGGAGCCGACGACGAGGGGGAGGAUGGGCAAGAGGAGGAAGGGCCGGCCGGGCCGCCGCCGACCGCCACGGCGCACCAGCGCGCCCCGUCCUUCGGUUCCACCGGGUCGAGGCCCGCGGAUCUGAAGGACCUCAUCGCCGGUCUCUACGGAUCUCAGCCGCCCUCGGCCGCCGUCACCGCGGAGGCCGAGGAUGACGACGGGUUCGGAGACGACGGAUGGGAAUUCAAGGCGGCGACGGCAGCCUCACCUGCCGGCCUGAAUGGAGUCGGUCUAGCGCAUGGGGAUGGAAUUGGAAAAAUUGAGGAUAUAACAGAAUCAUUGGGAAGCGACCAGGAAGACUGGUCAUCAUUUACGAGUGUCGAUGAAAAAUUGAACCAUGUUCAAACUACAGAUCUUAAGGCCUCCAGUUACCCACCAGCUAAUAAUGCAGCCAUACUCAAAUUGUACAGAGAGAGCGAACUGGCUGAUGAUAUUCACAUUAUGCAAAGCUCUGCAGAAAGUGUGCAGAGCUUUUCUGAUUUGUUCUCUAAUAACGAAAUGAACUCUUCAUUUGAAACAGAUGAAAACCACUCGAUUAGAUCAACAAGUGAUAGCAUGUUGAUUCAAUUGUACCAUAGGCUGAGAGAAGAGUCCUUGUCAUUAAUAUCCCGGCAUGUGAAGGAUCUUAGGGAAGCACAGAAGCGUUCUACACUAUCUGAUGAAAACAGGAAAGCGAUAGCAAUUGGAAGGGAAAUUCAGGAAAUCUAUCAGAAGCUACAAGAUUCUUCAUUUCCCAAAGGCUCUUGCACAGAGGAACAUCCUUCAAGUGAUGUAUAUAUCACUGAACUGCUUAACAGUAUCAAAGAGGAACAUCUGAAGGAUUUUGAGCAAGAAUAUCGUUUAGCAGAAAAGAUAGCACUGGCAAUGGAAGACACGAGUGUGGCAGUUGAACUUUACAAGCACAGCGUGUCCACCCUACAUACCUUGGAACUAGCAUCCAAAGAGGAGCAGUGUGCUUAUGUUGGUGCAUGGUACAGUAUGCUUCAGUCCUGUGCUCAAGAAUUGCAGCAUGGUGCAGCACUUUGGCGUCAAUCUUGCCAUGCAAAUGUCUGUGACCAAGUGGUUUCUGAAGGUACAAAUAUUUUUAGAAGUGGCCAUUGCUUUAUUGCUCUUGGGGAGAUAUAUAUAGUGUCACAGAUCUUAUAUUUCUCCUUGCGGUGUUUCAAGCCUUGGGUUCUUGCAGAACCUGAAAUGUUGAGUAAAAUGUUGGCCAGUUUGGACAGCUGCAAUAAUUCUUGGACUAGUGGUUUAGAAAGGGCUCUUAAAAUGGUCGUUGACAGCAAUCACAUAAAUGCCUCUGUUGCUAAAGCUCUUAUUGAGUCCAUCAAGUGUAUUAACGAACUUGUAGUACCCAAUCUACAAAAUGUUCUUCCCAAUGGCGAGAUGACAUGUAGACUAACCUUCCUACCAACUAGUCUUGUACCAGGGCUGAAGCUCAUCAUGUGGAAUGGUGAUCACUAUUUUGUUAAAGUUGCAAAUUUAUGGGCAAAUCGGAUAUCUUCUGAUCCUCCCCUGCUGUCACAAACCUCUGUCUCAUCAGUGAACAAUGAAGCAACACUUGCCCCUCAUGUUGAGUAACCUGUAAAAAUUGGCUCAUUCUGGUGGAAGCAUCAGAAGCUUUUACCUUGUUCAUCAAGUUGUCCCAGGCGCAGUAUAGAGAGAAACUGAACAAGCACCCUGUGGGUCUGCUUUUGGAGGAUCCAUCUAUGGCGAAUAUGUUGUGGUGCUGGUCAUUCAUGUGUACAAGUAGUGUUUUCACCAUUCUUUCCGUAGUGCCUGAUAAUGGCACUAGUAUAGCAAAGCCUAAACAGUUCCGAGUUCACUCCUUCAUCGUGUAUGUCUCUCUACUGAGACUGGGCUGUGAUGCAGAACAUUGAUGUGCACAAGCAGCACAACCCAAUGUGAUGGUGAUCCAAACUUGUAGAUUGUCCACUUUGAAAAUUCGAAUACAAGAGUGUAGAUUGUACACUGAAAAUUGGAAUAGAGUGCGGAAGCUGUAUCUACUA